UUGCUCAUGCGCUUAAACACACUUGGCGCCAGAAGCUCUGUGGCGCCAGCGCGUACACACGCACACACACUCGGAGAGAGAGAGAGAGAGACAGAGAGCGAGCGAGAGAGGGGGCGAGUGAGCAGACCGCAGCCAAGCAGUGCAGACGCAAGCAAGCAAAAAAAAAACCUAGAGGCCGUCUGUUGUGCAAAGACUGCAAAAUAACAGCCGGCCGUUUGCGCUUUGAAGCUCGAUCUGAGGACGUACAGAUCGGGAAAAUAGGCAGGAUACUUCCUGGCUCAGGCUGAUCACAAGGCCUCCCAUAUCUCUUAUUCUGGGUUAGCGGUGCUCGUAGAGCAACGCUAAAUUUCACCUAAGCUUUAAAAACGGAAGUCGUCAGGCUGGAGUGCGUCCUGAUGGCUGAGUCAGAGACUGAGUGUGACACACCAGGCCUCGACACGUUGGGGUCUGAGUGUGUCAUAGCACACACACAAGUUGGAGACUUGCACUAUGCAGCGGAGACUGAAAUCAUGACCCAAGAGGACAAGAGGCUUGACCUGGAAGCCAUUCAUGGCGAUCUGGGGGCAGUCACCUGUGUUGAUGCAGUAACGGAGACGGACCAUGACUAUACAAAAUCCGAGGUGCAUCAUGAGCCACAUUAUUUUACGACUGCGGACAUGAAGGGCAAUGAGGCCCUGCUUGGUGAAGUGUUGUUGAAGACAGAGAUGGGUGGAGCUGGUGCAGAGCAUGUGGUAAAGGUUGAAUCUGACCAUGGAGGAGAGCUUACAGUGGAGUCAGAGAAUGGUGUUAUCAUUCAUGAAGCCCAUGGCUUGCAAUGCAAUGAGUGCGGUGAGAUAUUCGGCAGCAUGACUGAUCUGCACCAACACUUUGAAAUACACAAAGCAACCAACCCCUACAUCUGUGUCCACUGUGGUGAGAGCUUUGCAAUAGAAGCUAGUCUGAGAGGGCAUAUGAAGAUCCAUAUGAAAGAGAAGAGCUACGUUCCCACUGGUGUGGAUUUGGUUGGUAAAGGAGUCAUUGAUGCAUUCAACCUGAAACCCCACCAGAUGAUGCACUCCCCUGAAAAGCCACAUCGAUGCUCGGAAUGUGGUAAGAGCUUUGCUGCAGCGAUCACACUCAGAGAGCAUAUGAAAAUGCAUUCUGAUGACAAGCCCUACAAAUGCACCCAAUGCAGAAAGAGUUUUGUCCGCAGACGCCAUCUAAAGAAACAUCAGGAGUUGCAUGCUCGUGAGAAGCCAUUCAACUGCCCCCAAUGUGGUAAAGGUUUUGCUACGUCUUCUAAUUUGAAACAGCACCAGAAGACCCAUGCUGGUGAUAAGCCCCAUCGAUGCUCCCAGUGUGGCAAGUGUUUUGCUGCAGCAGCCACCUUGAGAGAACAUCAGCGAAUACACUCCGGUGAGAAACCCUACAAGUGUAACCAGUGCCGGAAGAGCUUUGUGAGGAAACGCCACCUGAAGAAGCACCAGCUGGUCCACCAGGGUGGUAAACCCUACCGAUGCUCUCAGUGUGACAAAGGUUUUAACCACUCUUCAUCCCUGUCUAGACAUCACAAGGUCCAUCUAGAGGCCAAGAUGUAUCCCCAGCCUGACAAGGAAUUCCCCUUUGACACCCCUAUGAAGAGGGGAAUGCACACGGGUGAAAAGCCAUACAGCUGCAACCACUGUGAGAAAAGCUUCAAUCACUCGUCGUCACUGUCCAGGCACCAGAGAACUCAUUCUGAUGGGAAAACGUACACCUGUGCCCACUGUGGCAAGAGGUUUAAUCAUUCCUCUUCUCUUGCAAGGCACCAACGUGUUCAUUUGGAUGAGAAGGCCUCCUAUAGUGCUAUUCCAUCGGGAAAGGGAUUCCCUCAUACUACGAUCUUGAAACAAAGAAUUCUGCAGAGUGAGAAGCCAUACAGGUGUUCUCAGUGUGGCAAGGGUUUCAAUCAUUCUUCCUCCCUGUCUAGGCAUCAUAGAAGUCAUAUUGAUCAGUGAGAUUGCCGCUAAUGUGUUGGAAGUAUUUUACAAUCUGUCCCAGCUUAGUUUCAGGACAACCCUAAACAGUUUGUCUUCAGAAAAAUGUGACCUUAGAAAUCUCAAAUUUAAUCUGGGCCUUUAGAAGGAUUUUGAUGCUAUAUUGAAAGUAAGCUUUACCUUUUAAGAGCGAUGAAUUUCAAUAAUUGGUAUGAUUGACCUUGAGCUGAUACUGAUGUGCAUACAGAGCUUGCUGUUUUUAAUUUGACUCCUGUAUGAUAAUGUAGACAAACUUGUAGCAAUUUCCUGCUUAGUGACUUGGGCCAGUUAUACUCUUAGCAAUGUCCUUGGAGUUAAUUGGGUAGUGUGGGUAGUUAUCAGAACUAUCGAGUGCAUCCUAGGAUGUACCUUAACUCAAGCCUGGCUUUAGGCACAAUUGGAGACCAAGUAAAGCAGAUUUUGACUCAGCUAGUCACUCCCCAGUCCUUGUAUCUAUCAUCCUAUCUUUAUGGGCUGUUCAGAAGCCGAUAUCAUUUGUAAAUAAUGUUGAUUUUUUUUAUAUAUAUAUUCAUGUGUAUAGGUGAGUAGUGUGCAGUUCUAAGUAUUGAGCUCCCCCUUUGUUUUUUGGUGUAUGAUAGUUAGUCUUGACCAUCUGUGAGACAAAAAAAAGUGAUGGUGCUUGAGGGUUUCUCUGGCUCUGUACAAGCUGUUGGUAAAAGUGGUAAAAUCUGUUUCAAAGGUAGUUUGCUGAAAAUUUGAGUGACUUGGGAAGCUCUAGUGCUUUCAGCAGCUGUUUGUCAGCCUUGUAGUGCUUGAGAAAAUGCACCGACUAAGAGAAAUUUAAUUGUAGCAUACCCUCAAUGAUGUGCUUGCAGUCAUGCCCUUCCAAACCUGUUCAUGACUCUGAUGUGCUGCAUUGUUCAGCCUGAUUUCUAAAAUAAGCAGCAAAGAACUUUGUAGGCCCAAUGAGACUGUUGGAUGAAGAAUUUGUAUUCUUUCCUUUCAACUUGUCUGAUUUAUGGACUGAUUUGAGCACACCUAAUUUGACAAGUUACUGUAUACUACAAAUCUGGUGUAAUUUGAGCUAAAUGUUCCCUCUAAAAUGUUGCUUUACUGGUUUUCUUUUGGUACUCCGCCACUUGUUACUAAUGAGUAAAUUGUGCAUAUUUCCAUACAGACUUGCUAUAGAACUCCUUCAGUCAUCUAUAUAUAUAUAUAGCCUGUAGUUAACUUAUAUUCUGGACACAUGCAGCAAAGUAUCAAAAUUUAGUGUAAUAGAUUGUGUAUACUUAUCAAAACAAAUAAAAAACUAUAGCUUGCUCUCGAUUCAGUUUUUCAAAAUUCCAUAAAUAUGCGCUUUCUACUUACAGUUCUGUGUAUGGAAAAAAAUCUUUUACAAACUGAUGUAUUUUUUUAAUAUGGUUUGGGUAAUCUGAAAGGGAAACGAAAGGAAUACUGUUUUUAUGGGAGUGAACGUUCUAUUGAAUUUUUCCCUUUUUUCCGUUUGAAUAAGAAUUGUGCUUCAACUCAUAGCAUAGGCUUACUCAUUGUGUUAGAUAGGUGCCUUAUUGCAUGCUGUGUAGAAAUGUAUGUUGAGCUGUAAUAGAAAAAAAAACGAUUUUUUUUUGGCUCUUCCUCCCUUUGUUCCUUUACAUACUAACCAACAUAUUUUACUUUGACUUCAGGUAAUUUGUUUUGCUUCUCUGUAUAUGAAUAUGUUUACACUGUUACUGCUGUCUUUUAAUUUCCCUGUCAGCUGGCCUCAUUGUAGAAUAACUAGAGGUUAAAAUGAGAAGUUACGAUGCCAUUGAUUCAUAUUUUCAUUGCCCUCUUUUAAGUGGUCAGAUCUUGUUCCAUGUCUUUUCCCCAUCUUUGAGUGGUACACAUGGAUAAAUAAAGGUUCUUGACUAUCUGUUUA